AUGCAGUCCAUGUUCCGCCUCCCAUGGUGUAACGAGUCGCCUGGCGACAAGAUCAUGGAGAAAUCCACACUUCACAAGUCAAGGCCGCUGCCGGUCGUUGACAUGCCACACUUCAUGAACAAGAUCAAGCGGAAACGGACUGACAGUCCUGAACCAGUAGUGAAGAAAUGGAAGGGUGCCCACGGUGAGGUGAGACCAUCUACCGUCGGCGGAAAUGCGAAUGCGAAAGCUGCGACCGAGAAUGGACGUCUUGCAGACGCACCCAAAGCUGCUUCUGCCGAAGUCUUGGAUGCCCGACCAAAGGCACAACCAGCAAGGAAAGAGGGUGCGAGCAAGAGCAAAUCUUCGCAACCGACUGCCAAACCUGAAUCCGUCAACACGCCAUCUACUACCAUGGAUUCUGGAUUGACCCCUGUGCAACAAGCCAUCGAGGCGCAAAUCAACUACGAGAUCUUACUUAAACACAACGAACUUCGUUUGAUUGAACAGGAGCUCGCCAAAUGCCAGGUUUCCCUCGAGCAACUAAGACGGUGCUCGAUCAUUCCUUUCCCGGGUACCGAAGGUCUCAGCGAGGAUGCCAGCCUCGGCGUUGGUGCUUCGCUGCAACCCAGCUCUGGCUUCACAGAGCCCCAGUAUGCUGCUCCUUGGGGAGUCACCGAUGGCCCGUACACUCGCCACUACGCAAAAUGGUUGAUCUCGGAUGCCAAGUUCGACUCCGUUUCUGAACGUGCACUCGCUCAGCAAGCUCAAGGUUACUUUGGCACUGGUGAGGGCAGAACGACGCGCGGCAGCUUUGCUGACUAUGGGUCAGCUCACAGAGGCCGCACGUCGCGAACUUCGACUGGAAUGUUGAAGCUCACGCCUCUUGGUGAAACUCCAGCACCAGCGCCUAAGGUUGACCCGCUGUUGCAUAAGCGAUCGACGGAUGGUCAGUGGGUGCGCCUGUACUGCGCUCCGUGUGGCCACAGCAACUUCUCCAACACACAGGGUUUCCUGAACCAUUGCCGAAUCAAGCACACGCAGGUUUUCAAGAGUCAUGAUGCAGCAGCUAUUGCGUGUGGUGUCCCUGUCGAUGUCAACGAGGUUGGAACUCCUAUUGCCGCCACCGAACCAGCAAGCGCCCCAGCUGCGCCGCCAGCCGUGUCUUUCCCCGUCCCUGCUACUCCUGGUAUCGUUCACCCACUAGCAUCACAGUCUGUACCCGCUCCUCAAGCUCGGGAAGUACAUCGUGAUCUGAACGCAUCUCCACGUGACGAGUCUAAGACCGCUACACCAGCUAGCUUUGCCAAGUCAUCGUCGACACCGUACCUUGCAGCCCGUUUCCAGAACAGCGGCGCGCAAGGUAACUUCAAGGAGAUUGUCGAGACAGCCCGCGCAAAGGUCGACCUUGACGCAAUAGACGCUUCAGAUGACGACAGUCCUGCUCCAACACCAGUUUCAGCAGUGCCACCUCAUCUCGCCCGUCUCCCAGCCAGCGCUCCCGCAAGCAAAGCCCCAUCGUCCCGACCAGGUAGCAAAAAGGGCAGCCAUUCAAGUCACGCUCGCCUUCCAUUGUCGUUCCAAUCUCCAACCAAGUCUGACGGCGAUCAUCACGAGCCAAGCUCACCAGUAGAUCUCAACCCCAACACCGUCGAGUCCAACCCGGGUCUGGUUAGCGACCACGAUGAUGAUGACGAUGAUGAGGACGCGGACGAUGCGCAUAGUCAACUAGAUCUCCAUGUUGGCGCCGACGACGUCAUGGUUGAGGAUGCGAGCGACGUUGAAGGUGUGCAAGAACGUAGAGGUUCGCGACCGGCGCUCCAUGGGUGUUUCGAGAAGGGAGAAGGAAGUCGGAACCACUAA